UCAGAGGUCAUUACCCACCUUCCUAUCUUUACCUCCUGCGUACAGCAGUACAGUCAACAUGUAGUCGUCCUACGGACCAUUUUGUCUCUGCCUCUUGCACACCUCACACCAAUACAUAUACACUGCUACCAUGAAAGUCGUCGACAUCCACACCCACGUCUAUCCUCCAUCCUAUGUCUCUCUUCUCCGCUCGCGCCAGACCGUCCCUUAUAUUCGCACCUUCCCUGAUGCGCCCGACUCCUCACGCCUGAUUAUCCUGCCCGGUGAAGAUGACCCUUCUACACCUUCCACCUCACGCGGCCGGCCGGUCGGUCCCGACUACUGGGACAUCUCCAAGAAGAUCGCUUUCAUGGACCAGCACGGAAUCGACAAAUCAGUCAUUUCCCUAGCCAACCCAUGGCUCGAUUUCAUAGCUCCUGAGGAGGCCGGCGAGGCUGCUCGCAAGAUCAACGACGAGGUCAAUGAGAUUUGCGCAAACUCCUCUGGGAGACUGUACGCUUUUGCAGCACUGCCGCUCAGUGCAAAAGCGGAGGUAGUCGUCAAAGAGGUGGAGAGGCUCGGAAGCUUGAAGUAUAUUCGUGGUAUUAUCAUGGGAACUUCGGGACUAGGACAAGGUUUGGAUGACCCCGCGCUCGAUCCUAUAUAUGCGGCUUUGGAGAAGAAUAGGCAGUUGAUCUUCCUCCACCCGCAUUAUGGUCUGCCUAGCUCUGUUUAUGGACCGAGAGCGAAUGAGUAUGGCCACGUGCUUCCACUUGCACUAGGAUUUCCGCUCGAGACUACCAUUGCAGUAACCAGGAUGCUGCUGAGCGGGGUAUGGGACAGAUUCAAGGGGCUAGACGUGCUAAUUGCACACUCGGGAGGUACCUUACCGUUCCUCGCUGGACGUAUCGAGAGCUGUAUCGCUCACGAUGUGCAUUUGAAGAAGCAUGGAAAGAUCGAGGGACGUAGGCCGGUCUGGGAUAUCUUGAAGAAGAAUAUCUAUCUCGAUGCUGUCAUUUACAACGAAGUUGGUCUGAACGCAGCCAUAGAAGCGUCGGGGGCAGACAGAUUGAUGUUCGGUACUGAUCACCCCUUCUUUCCUCCACUAGAGGGCGAGGGUUCAGAAUGGCUGAGCGUCAACACGAAUUACGCAGCUAUCAAAGCAGCAUCUGGAGGGAAAGAGGCCAUGGCGGACGGUAUUCUAGGAGGAAAUGCAAUUCGAGUACUGAGGUUAGACUAAAGCACCGAAGUAUAGAAAAUCUGAUGCAGCCUCGAGUUUCACACCGAACAAAUAUUCUCCUCCACAACCAACGUCCAACCGCCUUGCCCAGCAUGACUUUACCCGUAUGCAUGUACGUACCUCCCACAAGCUCAUGCUCAACUCCUAUCCCAUCCUUCCCACCCAGCCCUCGCAACGUAGAAGGCAUAGUUUCCCUUUCCUAAGACCAAAAUUCAAUCUCAACCCGCCGUGGCCGUAGAUGCCAGCCCAACAAGACUCUUGUACAGUCUCGAACGGUUCGUAUUGAUCAGAUCAAAGCCAAUCUAACCAUAAACUCGUCAUCU